GCAACAUAAAAUUGUUUUAUGAUCUGUAACUAGCUAAAUUUUUAGAUCCUGCGGUAAAAUUGUUAUUUUCGUGUAGUUGUGUGAUUCGCUACGUGCCUUUCGCGCUAAUAAAUGGACAUAAAUUAUAAGCUCAAAUGUUUAAAGGUCACACAAUAUAUCUAUCAGAAAGAGGGGGAAUGAAAGCUAAUGAAAGAUAACAUGUAAGAUUUUCUUCAGUGUGAAGCAAGUUACACUUGGCAAUAACACAUUCAAUCUACAAUUUAAAUACUAUAUAACGCGCAUUGUUAACAUACAAUUUUUCGUUGAUUGUCACUUUUAACAUGAACAUACAAGGAAGUGAAAUGAAGAAAAAACAUAUCGACGAUGUUCAAACAAAAACAGUGGAUGAACAUUAUAAAUUACUCCUAGAGAAUAAUGAUGUGAUUGAUCCAGAAGCAAUCGAUGUAACAUCCAAUGAUCUUCCAGAUUGGUACGAUGAAAAAUUGUAUAAAGAAGCACAAAACUAUUAUAAACGAAACAUCAUGUCAAUUGGAGCAGCAAACAUAACAGGACUUAUUCUAACAUUGUCAGUGAUGACAAUACUGAAGGUGAUUUUGUACACAAAACAAAGUAAUUCGGCUUGUUCAGCUUUUAACAGAUAUAUGAAAACUGCAUUGCAUACGCACAAUUUAUAUACGUGCGAUCCAAAUGACACAAAUUCCAAAUGGUACAAAACAAUAAAUGUAAUUCGUUGGCGUCACAAAGUAGUUACUAGAAAAUUAAAAAGUGCUGGUAUGGAAGAAAUUUCACAAAGAGAUAUGGUACUUACACAAUAUGGUUUUGCGGGAUACGUUUUCAUUGCGCCUAAGUAUUUUGGCUUGUGCAAUACAUUAGAAGAAGAUGAGGCAUUUAAUCAUUUUUGGCGUGUAAACGGCUACAUGUUAGGAAUCUCUGAUAGUUUAAAUUUGUGCCGCAAAAACGCAAAAGAAACCGCUGAAUUAUGUCAGAAGAUCAAAGAACUAUAUACAUCUUAUUUGAGUAAACCUUCACCUGAGUUUGAUCGUAUAAUGUCAAAUGCGAUAGAUGGAUUUUCGUACAUUGAUAUUACCAUUAACAAAGAUAUUUUUUUGGCAAUCGUCUAUGAAUUACAUGAUCUCCCAUAUCAAAAACUUCGAUGGUCUACUUGGUUAAAUAUAAAAUAUCGUAAAUUGAUAAUUUAUCUUUCUUGUGUCCCUUACAUCAGAACAAUAAUAAGAAUUUACAAUAACUUUUUGGCUUCAUUCUUGCUUUGGAAUUUGCAAAACUUUCCCAUACUCGCGUGGUUAAAAUUUGGGAAGAAUAAUGUUCAGCUCAAUUUGUAUCCGAAAUAUGCUAAGCUAAAAUAAUAAAACUUUAAAUUGAUGAUUUAUUACGUUUAAAAACAUAAAACAAAUGUUUUUUUCUUAACAUAUUUUAACUUGUUAGCUCUGACAAAUUGCAACAAAGAAUGUAUAUAAAAAUGGUAAAUGGUAAAAACCAAUUAAUUCUGUAAACCAUAAUAUCUUGCUAGAAUGUAUAGAUGAGGUGAAAGAAUGUAUAGAAAUUACUAAAAUGCUAAAUUGUUUUAUAUAAAAUAAAACAUUCAUCAUAAAAUAAACAAGUUAAUUGAUUUCUAUUCUUUUAUUCAAUUUUGUAAUAUAGACAGUAAACAUCGAUACUCGAAUUCUCGAUGUUUAUUGUUGUCGCUUUUUCGAUAUGCUGAUUGGUUCUCAUUCAGCACUUAUUUCGACUAUGUGUAUUGAGAAGUUAACAGUGUAAUAUUAAAUUUAUAAUUUGUAUAAAAUUACAAUAUGUAAUAUCAAAAAUUCUGUAGCGUACGCGUAGCGCGCGCCUUUUUUGUCUAGUAAAACAUAAAGUACAUAAACAA